AUGACGCCGGCGGGAUCGAGCAUGGAGGAGCUGCUGUCAUGCGAACGGACUUUCGCGCAGUUGAAGCGAGAAGGACGACAUCUUGACGCGCUUCCUUACAUGGAGAUGUCGGUGGUGCUGAGGAAGAAGAUCUACGGAGAUGACAGCAAGGAAGUCUUGAGAGCCUGCCAAGUUUUCACCACGUCCUGCAACACUCUGGCGAUGAACUGCCUGCAGAAGGACGAGUACGCCAAGGCGUACGAGCUGCUGAAGAAGGCGGAGCUGCUGACUGAGCCGCGGGGGUACCUGCAGGAGGAGAAGACGCGGCUGAAGCUGAGGGCUGUGACCUUCAACAACCUCGGCUGCUUCUACAAGCGCAGGGGGAAGCUCCACGCAGCGCUGCAGUACCUGGACAAGGCCCUCAAGAUUGAGCUCUCGUCGGAGGAGGUCGACAACCCAGCUGGUACUCACCUCAACCUAUGCGCCACCCUCUCUCAGCUCGGAAGACACGCACCGGCUCUCGAGCAUGCGCAGUGUGCGCUGGAGCUGUUGAAGCAGAGUGUCGCCAGGAAGAAGAGCAAGGGGGGCAAAGCUGCGAUGGAGGAAGCAAGCAUCCUAGCGAUAGCGUAUCACAACUUGGCGGUGGAGCAGGAGCACUUGGGAAAGUGGGACGCGGCGAUCCAAUCCUACAGCGAGUCAGUCAAGAUGGUGGAGGAGGAGGGGGGGAGGAUUGAGAAAGCGGGGAUGGAAGGGAAGAGAUCUUUGAGAAAGAUGGGUACAAAGGGGGUGGGAAGAAUUCAACAGGAGUAG